AUGUUAGACAUUGUAAGUCGUUUACCAGCAGAAUCUGUUUUAGAAUGCAAAUUAGUCUGUAAACGUUGGAGAGAUCUUGUUCGGGAUCCAUCCUUGGCACAGAUGCACUUGAAUCAUCUCAAUGAUUCUUCUGGUAAGUUAAGCUGUAUUUUCUUUACUUAUGAUCUAGGCAUUAUAGAAUUUUAUUAUAGUGAAUAUGAUGAGAAUUGUCAUGACGAGGCACCAUUUCAUAGAACAACAAGGUUGAAUUUAAAACCUCCAUUUCUGGAUUAUUCUUUUGUUGGUUCAUGCAAUGGCUUAAUUUGCUUCAAUGCAUGGGUUGAACAGAAAAUUGGUGUAUGGAGUUAUGGACCUGCUUAUAUCUGUAAUCCAAUCACCAGUGAAUACAUUAUUCUUCCAAAAAUUGAUCAACAGUUCAGGUGGACUGGAUUUGGGUACAUACCUGAAACAAAUGAGUACAAGGUUGUUAGGAUAUACAUCCCGGAGAAGAGACUAGAUGGAGAAGCUAUUGGAAUUGGAGUUGUUCAGGUGUAUACUCUUGGGAGUACUGCCUGUGGAUGGAGAAACGUAGGAACUACUGACAUCAAUAUGCAGCGUUUUUCAUACUGUGCUGCUGUGUUUGCAAACGGAGCUCUUUAUUGGGAGGAACACCAUGGAACUACUAUUCUUGGUUUCCAUUUGGCUGAUGAGAAGAUUAUCCAACUUCCAGCACCACCACCUUAUUUGACGCGAACUAAUGCUUCCUACUUUUCUAUUAAAUUUGGGGUUUUAGGUGAUCUUCUAAGUGUUACUCACGAGGAUGGCGGUGAUUGUGACAUAUGGUUGUUAAAGAAGAAUGAAGACAAUGACGAUUUCAACUGGAUUAAACAGUUCAGUUUAAACGGUGAAAUUUCACGUCCAUUCGAGUUUACCAAGAGUGGUAGGCUUUUGUGUUAUGGGAAUAGCAGAAUUUAUUACAGUUAUGAUCCAAAAGUUUCAUCUGCCAAAAUCGAUAUCAGUUUUGGCAAGUCAAUUUGUGAAGCGAUUCCUCACAAGAAUACGUUAGUUUCAUUGAAGGAGUUAGGUGAGAAUGAUACAAAAACGAUUGAAUUCGUUGAAAUAAUAAGUUCAAGUGAGGAGACAGUAAACGGUGAUUAA